GUUUCCGGACGUCAAAGUGUCAAUACCUUAGUAAUAUCUAUCCACAACAAAUCGCCGUUUAAAAAUAUUUAUAAGCAACAUUUAGGCAUAAAGGUGCUAACAUACAGAACAUUAAUGUGUCGGAAGACUAAGAAGUAAUAACUUUUGGAUUUCCUUCGAAAACAAGGUAAAUAAAGCAAUAAUACGCUAGUUUAACAAAGGUUAGAAUGCUACCUUCACUUACGACUAAAAUUAUUGCUGUCAAUUGUUUCAACGCUACCCGCAACUAGCAGCUUUCUUUGAUUGUUUAAUGUCAAUUUGACAUAUAACCAACAGAUAAAGUUAACUGUCAAUAUGUCAGUUAAAUAUUGAUCCCAGUGUUACCAGCGCACGAAGUACAUUUUACCAUAAUAAUAUAUAUAUAUUAUACCAAAAAUUUACGACGAGUUGUAUAAUAAAUGAUCAACAUGGACAUACAGUUUCAAAUGCUAUUUGAUCAAAUGAAGCUGGAAAUGCAUAAACAAACAAUUGAACUUAGAGAAACUAUAACAAAGAAUAUUAUGGAUACAAUAGAGGAAAAACUAACUCCUAUUAUUGAAGAAAAUGUAAAACUUAUGCAAAAAGUCGGCAAACUAGAAAAAGAGGUAGAAUACUUGAAAAGGGAAAAGAAAAGCAACAAUAUCAUAAUUUUUGGACUAGAGGAGAAAGAGAAAUCAACUUCCGAGCUAUUACGGAGCAUUCAAAAAGAAUUUAAAGAUGAAAUUAACGUGACUAUAGAAGAAAGUGAAGUAAACAGAUUAUACCGCUUAGGAAAAAGUAAAGUGGCGAACAAACCAAGACCUGUAUUGUGCACUUUUCUAAAUAGAUGGAAAAGGGAUGAAAUUAUGAAGAACAAAAAGAGCUUAAAAAAAGUUUAUGUAACAGAAGAUUAUACAAAAGAUGUCUUAGAGAAGAGGAAGGCUUUACUACCAAAACUGCAAGAAGAAAAGAAAAAAGGUAACAUAGCUUACCUAAAGUAUGAUCAACUGGUUGUUAAAGAACCAAACACAAAUAACGAUAAAAGGAAAAGAGAACUAUCUACAUCUCCCGACACGGCUUCAAGAAUACAUACCAAAAAACAACAAAUUUUAAGUUCCAUCAAAGCUAAUAGAAAAAAUAAUAUCGAUGUAAUAAGAUCCCGAUCCAACUCUUUAACUUUAUCAUAAGAACUUAUAACCGGUAAGCGGGAACCAUAAAACUUAGAAAACUGGCAAAUAAUAAAAUAAAAAUGAAGAACAAAAUCAUUCCCCAAGCCGACUGGUCAUCGUGGGGGAUAGAAGACCACGACCCUCCAUCAUUAUAAGAAAAUAUACUAUAUACUAUAAACAAAAUAUUCAUAAAUAUUACAAGGAAAAAAAGGACAACUACAUU